AUGUCCCCCUCCGCCUCGUCCUCGGCUGCGAGCAAGAAACCUCGUCUCCCGCGCGUCUUUGUCGUCCGUCAUGGCGAGACAGAGUGGAGUAUCUCUGGGCAGCAUACCGGCCGCACCGACCUCCCCCUCACUCCCAACGGCGAAAACAUCAUCCGCGCCCUCGGCAAACGCAUCGUCGGGUCGGGCAAGAUCCUCGACCCCUCCCACAUCCAACACGUCUUUGUCUCGCCCCGCUCGCGCGCGCGAAAGACGUUCGAGUUGUUGUUUGAGGGUGUCGAGAAGGAGGACAGGCCGAGUUUUGGAAUUGAGGAGGGCGUGAGGGAGUGGGAGUACGGGGUUUGUGAAGGCAAGAAGACUGCCGAGAUCCGCGAGAUGGUCAAGCCCGACUGGGACAUCUGGACCGAUGGCUGCCCCAAAGGCGAGUCAGCCGACCAGAUGCGCGACCGUUGCGACGCCAUGAUUCGUAAGAUUGUCGACUUGGCCGACGCCCACCAUGGGCAGGAAGAGACGGAGGGACACCACGGAGACAUCCUGAUCGUCUCGCACGGCCACUUCAGUCGCUGCUUCAUCACCCGGUGGUGCGGCCUCGAGAUCUCCCAAGGCCGGAUCUUUGUCGCCGACACAGGCGCACUACACAAGCUCGGGUUCCAGCACAGGAACUUUGAUGAGAGGUCGUUGUUGGGGUUGAACCUGUACAGCGAGGAGGAGUGA